UUACGAUGAAUCCCAAUGGAGAGAUGAGGUUCAUUCAUGUUCCUCGGCCACCACCACCACAAAGCCCCGACUGUCGGUCCCAUUCCUUCUCAUUUCUCUCCGACCGCAUUCUUCCUUCCCCAGAAAGAAAAUCUCCGAAAGAUCACUCCUUUUCUCUCUCUCUCUCUCUCUCUCUUCUUCUCCGACGGCAUUGGCCUCUUCCCCACCCAUCAUCGGUCCCCGCCAUGGCCACGGCGACGGCCACGACCUUCUUCCUCUUCCGACCGAACCUUCCCAAGUGGGGUCGCGAGCUGCCUCCUCGUCUUUCUGGAAUCCGUCGCAUUCACCUCAAGUGCCGCGCUCCGCUCCCUCGGAGUUUCGGCUCCAAAUCCACCCGCAACCUCGCCGUCAGAUGCUCCUCCGCGCACGGGGAUAACCCCGCGAGCUCGAGCUCGAGCUCCUCGGGCGCGGAGAAUCGGCGGAAUCCGCUCGAGGUCGUCCUGGGCACGAUCGUCAGAGCCCUGGAAUCGCUCAAGAGGCCCGCGGUCGCCGCGAUCCUGCUCGGCUUGUUGCUGGCCUACGAUCCUAACUCCGCAUUGGCCGCUUCCGGCGGGAGAAUGGGCGGGAGUUCGUUUUCCUCGCGCUCGUCGUCCUCGUCUUCUUCGAGGAGCUAUACGACGAGGACGCCUAGCCCUAGCUUUUCGCACUCGGCUCCGUAUUACGCGCCUUCGCCGUUUGGUGGAGUCUACGUGGGACCGGCGGUUGGGGUUGGAGUGGGCGCGGGUUCGAGCUUCUUCUUGAUAUUGAUGGGCUUCGCCGCAUUUCUUCUGGUCUCGGGGUUUCUCUCGGAUCGGUCUGAGGGUGGCGUGCUCACUGCGACCGAGAAAACUACUGUGCUCAAGCUUCAGGUUGGAUUGUUGGGCAUGGGAAGGUCACUUCAAAGAGAUCUUAAUAAGAUAGCGGAUAUGGCAGAUACAUCCUCAUCUCAGGGUCUUAGCUAUGUCUUGACUGAGACGACACUUGCCUUGCUCCGGCAUCCUGAUUACUGCAUCUCUGGUUAUUCAUCCGUGGAUGUGAAGCGGAGCAUGGAGGAUGGAGAGAAACGUUUCAAUCAGCUAUCAAUUGAAGAGCGAGGGAAGUUUGACGAAGAGACACUUGUUAAUGUGAACAACAUAAGAAAACAAAGUACCACCAGUCAGAGAUCUAGUGGAUUUAGCAAUGAGUACAUAGUGAUAACCAUCUUAGUGGCUGCUGAAGGAGUCCAUAAAUUGCCUUCCAUUAAUGGUAGUGGAGAUCUGAAAGAAGCCUUGCAGAAACUUGGGUCCAUCCCCUCUAGCAAAAUACUAGCAGUUGAGGUGUUGUGGACCCCUCAAAAUGAAAAUGACACACUAUCAGAGAGGGAGCUUCUUGAAGAUUACCCAUUACUGAGGCCUUUAUGACAUAUAUGAUGAGGCUUCAAUUGCUUUUGUCAGAGGUAUGAUCCGAGUCGGAGUUGCAUACUUGGAGUUAUUUGUAUAGAAAAGGUCCUGUAUAGUAUACAGAAUGAGUAGGUUAAAUGUCCCGUUUAAUUCUUUGUAAUCGAGCUGCAAAGGCACAGGCUUUUAUUUUCUCCCAACUAGCUCCAUGACUUUAAUGCUUGUAAGCUGUAUCUUCAGAGGUUUGAGCUUGUAAGAUACGGAACAGAAUUUUCGUAUCUUAAUUUUCUUGCCAGAUGAAUCGGAUUUCCUGAAGUAGCUAACGGCAGCUUUGUUGGCAUGUCUGCAUCAGAGUAGGACUUUGAAAG